AUGACCACCACCAUCACCACCAUGACCAUCACCAGCACCACCUCCAUUAACACCACCAUGACCACCACCAACACCACCAAUAUUAACACCGUUAAUACCAUCACCACCAUCACUAAUACCAUCACCAUCACCACCACAACUGCUUCCCCAGCAUGUGAUCACAAAGACUACUAUUUGCAGGUGCAGGAACUGGUGAUGGUGCAGGAGGGCCUGUGUGUCUUCAUACCCUGCACUUCCUCCUACCCCCUGUGUGGCUGGACCGAGUCAGACCCAGUUCUUGGCUACUGGUUUCAGGAAGGGGAUGAUACUGGCUUUGGGGCUCCUGUGGUCACAAACAAUCGGGCUAGGGAAGUGAGAAAGGAGACGAAAGGCCGCUUCCAGCUCCAUGGGGAUCUCCGGAAGGGGAGCUGCUCACUGGUGAUCGGAGAGGCACAGCGGAAAGACGAGAAGACUUAUUUCUUUCGGAUGGAAAGGGGAGCUCGUGUGAAAUAUAAUUUUAGGGCAUACAAGCUGACCUUGAAAGUGACAGGCCUGACACAGAAACCUGGCAUCUAUCUCCUCGAGACCCUGGAGGCAGGGCACCUGGCGACAUUCUUCUGUUUGUUUCCUGGAGACUUUGAGGGGUGUCCACCUCCCAGGAUCUCCUGGAUUGGGAAAGCCUUCUCCCCACAAAAAGUUGCACCCCAAAAUUCUGCUUUUUUCUCUGUGGUCACCCUCACCCCAAGGCCCCGAGAUCACAACACCACCAUUGCCUGUCAAGUGGACUUCAGAAAUGGUGUGAGCUUCUCAAGCACGGUCCGGCUGAAUGUCACCUACCUGCGGCCUCUGGGAAAUGCCUCAUGUGUGGAAGCCAAGAAAGGCCAGUUCCUGCGGCUGCUCUGUGCGGCUGAUGGCCACCCCCCACCCACGCUGAGCUGGGUCCUGAGUGACAGGGUGCUCUCCUGGUCUCCUCCCUCGGGGCCCAGAAGCCUGGGGCUGGAGCGGCCUCAGGUGGGACCCAAGGACGCAGGGUGCUACACCUGCCGAUCAGAGAACAGGCUGGGCUCGCAGCAGCGCUGGCUGGACCUCUCUGUGCAAAACCCUCCAGACUAUCUAACAGUGAUGGUGUCCCACUGCAAUCCAGUCAUGGAAAACAUCGGGAAUGGCAUGACCCUCCCAGUGCUGGAGAGCCAGUCCCUGCAGGGGGCUUGGGUCGGGGACCCAAGGGCUGGAAGGGGCCUGUGCCCAGGACCCCCCAGAGAACCUGACAGUGAUGGUGCCCCCUGCAAACAGGACAGGUAUGAAGGAGGGCAGAGAACCACAUCCGGGUCCCAGGUAUCUGGGACUAGCUCUCCUGUCCCCCUGCUGGACGCUAGCACAUGGGAGGUGCAGCCAGGGUACAUGUGGUCCCCCGCGACACCCUGGCCCAUGACUGAAGUGGUUCUGGCGGCUGUCAUAGCAGCUGCGGUCAAGACUCUAAUCCUCAGCCUCUGCCUCGCCCCCUUCGUGGUGAAGGCCUGUGGACAGAGAGCAGCAGGACCUGCCCUCAGCGUGGAGGACAAGGGCAAAAGGGGGACACAGGGGGCAUGGGGUUCCAGUCUGGGCUUCCAGGUUCAGUGA